AUGACGAAAUUAGAUCCUAAAGUUCUGAGUGCCCUUGCUCUCCAAUCCGAUACCACUACUAUUGCGCCAUUCGGCGGUAGCGGAUUCGCAUCCACACUCAAGAUCUCCACGGUUCUUGCGGAAGGGAAGAAGAAAUGCUUUUUUAUGAAGACCGGGGAUGGCAAGGACGCAGAAACAAUGUUUCAAGGUGAAUUCGAGUCUUUAAACACAAUCCACAAUGCAGUACCAUCACUAUGCCCCAAAGCCUUCUCACACGGAGCCUUCGAGUCUAAGCCUGGCUACUAUCUCGUGACUGAUUUUAUCAACCUUUACAGACACUCAUCGUCAUCUGGUGAGACUUUAGCACAUAAAAUGGCAAAGCUGCACCUCGCGCCGCAGGCGGAAAAAUAUAAUAAUAAAUUCGGUUUUCCUGUGCCGACGUGCUGUGGUUCCACGGUUCAGGAUAAUACAUGGGAAGAUGACUGGGCCGAGUUCUUUGGUAAACGAAGAUUGAUGCAUAUUCUCGCUGAAAGCGAGGCGAAAAACGGAACCGACAAGGUGUUGAGGGAGUGGGUAGAGAAGACGGUGGACACUGUAGUGCCAAGACUGUUAGGGGUGCUUGAGAAUGUGAAGCCGGCUCUUGUUCAUGGGGACCUAUGGAGCGGAAAUGCGUCCAAGGGGUGCUUUGGAGAGAAUGGGGAAAACGGAGACCCAGAGGAUGUCGUCUUUGACCCUUCGGCUUGCUAUGCACAUAACGAGUAUGAGUUUGGGAUUAUGAAGAUGUUUGGUGGUUUUGGGCCAAAAUUCUUCAACGAAUACCAUGAACAUAUCCCAAAAGCCGAGCCUGUCAAAGAGUAUGACGAUCGUGCCGAGCUUUACCAGCUUUAUCACCAAUUGAAUCAUCAUGCACUAUUCGGGAGCGGAUACAAAUCAGGCGCUAUUAGUACUAUGAAACGUCUAUAUACAAAAUAUGGGGGGUAA